AUGGUAAAGAACUUCUUCACGGUCGAAGACACGGGUGUCAGUGCAAAGCAAUUAGUCGAAUCAACUAGCGAAAAACGAGCUCGUGAAUUAAUGGAAGCCACCACAAAACGUACAAAUUCGGGGAGGUUCCAAACAGGCCUUCUUUGGAAGCACGACAAGGUGGAAUUUCCUGACAGCAGGGCAAUGGCGGAAAAAAGGCUACAAUUUCUCGAAAAACGAUUGUCGAAAGAACCGAAAUUAUACGAGAAUGUUCGUAAACAAAUAGCUGAUUACUUAGCCAAAGGAUACGCGCAUAAAGCAACGGAAUUAGAAUUAAAAGAGACCAAGGCAAGUGAUGUUUGGUAUCUACCCCUUGGUGUAGUGACCAACCCAAAGAAGCCGGAAAAGCUUCGUAUUGUGUGGGACGCCGCAGCAUCUGUGAAAGGCGUUUCCCUGAACUCGGUCCUUCUGAAAGGUCCGGAUCUGCUUCAGUCACUCCCAACCGUAUUGUGUAGGUUUCGUCAAAAAGAGGUGGCAAUCAACGCUGACAUCAAAGAGAUGUUCCAUCAGGUGCUAAUCAGGUCGGAAGAUCGGCAAGCACUACGAUUUCUCUGGCGAAACCAGCCGUCAGAGGCAGUGCAAGUGUUUGUAAUGAAUGUCGCUAUAUUUGGUUCAACAUGCUCACCAUGUUCUGCACAGUUCGUGAAGAAUCUCAACGCAAGUGAGCAUUCCACCGAGUUUCCAAGGGCCGCAACCGCGGUAAUUGAGAACCACUAUGUGGACGAUUAUUUGGACAGCGUCGAUACCGCCGAAGAAGCGGUGCAGUUGGCUGAUGAGGUCAAAACAAUACACGAGCGAGGCGGAUUCGAAUUACGACACUGGUUGUCGAACGCCCCGGAAGUACUGGAGCGGAUCGGUGAGGAAUCGUCUGAAUCUUCAAAGAACUUCGUAAUGGGAAAAUGUACCAACUCAGAACGGAUUUUGGGUAUGAUUUUGAUACCACAAGAGGACAUAUUUUCCUUUGCGGUACAAUUUCGUAGUGACCUAAAAAAACUGGUGGACGGAAAUGGCUACCCUACUAAAAGAGAACUGCUCAGUCUGGUAAUGAGCAUAUUUGAUCCUCUUGGCCUGGUGGCUAACUUCGUGAUACAUGGUAAAGUCUUGGUACAAGAUGUUUGGAGAUCAGGUAUAGAAUGGGAUGAAACCAUACCAGAGGCUAUCUAUCCAAUGUGGAACCGAUGGAUUUUAGCUUUGCAAGAACUAAGCAGUGUAAGAAUAAAUCGCUCUUAUUUUCCCGGAUACGAUCCGAAGUCCCUCGAGAGUAUAGAGCUGCAUGUUUUCGUAGAUGCUAGUAUGACCGCUUAUGCCGCAGCUGCUUAUUUCCGGAUAAUCGAUCGCGAGACUGUCCGUUGUACUCUAGUAGCCUCCAAAACCAAGGUUGCACCGCUCAAGCAACUAUCAGUGCCUGGGUUAGAGUUGCAAGCUGAUGUCAUCGGUACAAGACUGAUGAAAACCAUCAUUGAAAGCCAUACAAUUCCGAUUAGAAGAAAAAUUUUCUGGAGCGAUUCAAACAUCGUUCUAGCUUGGCUUCGUUCUGAUCAACACCAAUUUCAUCAAUUCGUGGCUUUCAGGGUCGGGGAAAUCCUGGAACAAUCCGAAGCAUCCGAUUGGAGAAAGGUGCCAACCAGGUGGAACGUAUCAGAUGAAGCAACGAAAUGGGGUAAUGGUCCAGUUGCUGCUGAGACGUGUAGGUGGCAACGAGGACCAGAGUCCCUGUACAAAAACGAACGGGAUUGGCCAGAACAAGAGAAGAACUGGGUCACUUCCGAGGAGAUGCGGAUUGUUAACCUACAUCAUCGUACCGGAACUGAGGAAAUAUUUAAAUUUGAACGGUUCUCCAAAUGGGAACGCUUGCUGAGGACUGCUGCGUACGUUAGAAGGUUUCGAUAUAACUGCCAGAAGAAAAAGAAUGAAUUAACGCUCCCAGACCCUGAGAUAUUGAACAGAGAAGAACUUCUGGAAGCAGAGUUAACUGUGGUGAGGCUGAUCCAACGUGAAUCUUUCGCAAACGAAUACGCUACACUGGUGUUCAACCAACAAGUUCCGAUGGAACAACGGAAGUUAAUUGAUAAGAACAGCAAACUAUACAAACUGUGUCCCUUUCUUGGAGGUGACGGUGUGAUACGGAAGGACGGAAGAAUCGGUGCCGCACCCUGGUUGUCAUAUGAAGCAAAGUUUCCGGCGAUUUUGCCCAAAAACCAUUACGUGACAACACUUAUCAUCCACAGUUAUCAUCGUAAGUUCGGCCACGCGAACAACGAGACGGUUGUGAAUGAAUUGAGGCAGCGGUUUCAUGUGUCCGAGAUCAGAUCGGCUGUUAGGAAGAUGUCAGAUAAUUGUAGGAAGUGCAAAGUUCGUAAGGCAAGCCCACAUCCUCCUCGCAUGGGUCCGCUUCCGGAGUCACGGUUAAACCCAUACGUCAGACCAUUCACAUUUACAGGUCUAGAUUAUUUUGGUCCCAUCUCCAUCAGAUUAGGACGUAGUUGUGUUAAGCGUUGGGUGGCAUUGUUUACCUGUCUCACGACCAGGGUAAUUCAUUUAGAGUUGGCAUUCACUUUGGCUACGGAAUCCUGCAAGCUAGCUGUGCGAAGAUUUAUUGCACGCCGUGGUGCCCCUUUGGAGAUAUACUCGGAUCAGGGAACGAAUUUCCAAGGAGCUAGGAAAGAACUGCAACAAGAAAUAAACAAGUUGAACCAUGAACUGGCUGCAACAUUUACGAAUGCGGCGACGCAGUGGAAACUGAAUCCUCCCUAUGCCCCGCAUAUGGGAGGUAUCUGGGAAAGACUUGUACGGUCGGUGAAAGCAGCUUUGGCGGCAAUGGAGAUGUCCAAGAAUCCGGAUGAAGAAACCCUCAUCACGGCUUUAGCAGAAGCAGAGUCCCUAAUAAAUAGUCGCCCACUUACGUAUCUUCCAUUGGAUUCGGAGGAAAAUGAAGCACUGACUCCAAAUCACUUUUUGCUUCUCAGUUCAAACGGAGUAUGCCAACCAGUAACCAUGCAGUCGCAUAACACGUCAGCUAUUCGUUCAAAUUGGAAGCAUGUACAGGUCAUGCUCGAUCGGUUCUGGAGCCGGUGGAUCAAGGAGUUCCUUCCAGUAAUUUCAAGGCAGUCCAAGUGGUUCGGGGAAGUAAAAUCGAUACAUAUUGGAGAUUUAGUCAUGAUUGUGAACGAAAUGAGAAGAAACAGUUGGGAAAGAGGAAGAGUUGUCAAGCUGUAUCCGGGGAAGGAUGGGCGUAUACGAAGCGCAGAUGUGAAGACGUCGACAGGCAUCGUUCAGAAACCGUUAACGAAACUGGCAGUUUUGGAUGUGCUAGAUGCUGAGAGUAUGGCUGAAAAAACUUCGAGCAAUACGGGUGGGGGUAUGUGCGCAACGGUACAAAACCCCUCGUCAACGUAA